AUGUUAAGAUCACUAGCUAGAAACUCUGUGGGGUUGAAGUCUUUGGGCCAGGCCAGAACUUUGUCUUCUUCGGUUACCGCCUUAAAGUCCAAUUAUGAUUCUCCAGACUUUUCACACUACUUGAAGAAGGAUCGUAACGCCGAUAAAACUAGAGACUUCACCUACUUCAUGGUCGGUUCAUUUGGUCUGUUGUCUGCAGCCGGAGCUAAGUCCACUGUAGAGUCUUUCUUGUCUACCAUGUCUGCUUCUGCAGAUGUGUUAGCUAUGGCUAAGGUUGAGGUCAAGUUAGCAAAUAUCCCAGAAGGUAAGAACGUCAUUGUCAAAUGGCAAGGUAAGCCAGUGUUUAUCAGACACAGAACCCAAGCUGAAAUUGAAGAGGCUAACGACAUUGAUAUCUCUACUUUAAGAGACCCACAAAAGGAUGCCGACCGUGUCAAGAACCCUGAGUGGUUGAUCAUGUUGGGUAUCUGCACACACUUGGGUUGUGUUCCUAUUGGAGAAGCUGGUGACUUUGGUGGAUGGUUCUGUCCAUGUCACGGUUCCCAUUAUGAUAUCUCUGGUAGAAUUAGAAGAGGUCCUGCUCCAUUGAACCUGGAAAUCCCAGAGUACGAUUUUGCUGACCCUGAUACCCUGGUUGUCGGUUAG